AUGGAUGCUCUACCAGUUGAGCUCCUUAGGCUCAUUUACUCUUACUGUGAUCACGAAUCAAUCCCCAAUUUACGAGCCACAAGCACGACUCUUGCAGAGGUUGGCUAUGAGUAUCUAUUGUCGCCCCAUUUCACCUCGCUUAAUUGGCGGAAUGAUAUUGAUCGGCUACAUUGCAUCGCACUCCAUGAACGCUUGAGAGGGAGUAUCAGGUCAAUCAACAUCUUCCUCGGAGAUUUAUCCCAGGGCGAUGCGUGGACUACUUCAUGGGCACAGCACUUCGUGGCACCGCCGGUAGAGCGUGCCGAGCUGAUGGCACAGGCCAAAGCGGAAUUUGACAAGAUUUCGUCGGGACGUAAGCAAGUCGGACCCCUUCAUCUAAGGGCUGACGAUCUCCGCGAGGCCUGCUCAGCUUUGCCGAAUCUUCGUGAUCUUGAGGUUUCCUUUGCACGAUACCCUUCCACGCUUAACAAUACGUGUAUCCAAGAGGCUUUUUUCUACCCCAACUGUAGGAAGAUGGACCGACAGGAAGCAUAUCAGAACCUCGAUGCAAUCAUGCUUGCUCUGCACGGAAUCAAGCUCUCUUCGUUCAAAGUGGAUCGCCUUCCGCUUGAAGUCUUUCGCAUGCCAAAUCAUCGCUCACAGUGGUUUGCACACGCGCAAUCUUUCCACAGUCUGUCUAGCCUCAACUUGACUCUGGAUCCUUCUGGCCUCCAGGGCCCUACGUCAGCAUUCAGGGCUGUGAAUGGUUUGGGGCGUAUCCUUCAGCUUGCCACUAACAUCAAGCACUUGAAACUUGCGUUCCAUCCAUAUUCCAGUGAACAUUCGAAGUUCGCACUCUCCUUCAGAGAACUAUUCUUUGGUUUCACGUAUACGCAGCUCACUGACCUGAUGUUGGAAGGUGUCUCGUGUGACGAAGAGGAUCUCAAGGAAUUUUUGGGUCGACACGGUGCCACCCUUGUUCGACUGCGACUAGGUGGUCGUGGACUUGCCAAACCGUUCGAGGCAUCGCAUGGUGGUAUCCAUCUUUACGAGGGAACAUUCCGAUCGCUAUUCACCGGCCUUCGUAAAAGGUUACCGAAUCUGGAGCGCAUGCACCUCGAGGGCAUAUUCGAUUGCGAGCAUCAGGAUCUCCCUACGCACGAGAGCUAUAAUUUCUAUCCUCUUAAUGACGAAAAUUGGGAGGAAGUUCCAAAACCCGGGUGGGUUCGAUCAUCACGCAACACCAUCAGCUGCCUGCCUUUCGAGCAAUAUGUUCUCUACGGCGGUGUGUACCCGGGCAAGAAUGCAUUGAUGCAACAAGAUUAA